GGGCGUCAUUGCUGUAAAACUUGUCAAAAGCGUGACCUACCCUGAACAGUCAUUAUACGAUUAGUAAGGGCUGGUGUAGGCUAGUUAUAAUUAGCCUAUUGUGUAGGAAUACCGACAGAUCGAUGACUCUAUGGAGGAAUGCUGCUCCCUCUAAAACUUGUCAAAUGCGUGACCUACCCUGAACAGUCAUUAAACGUUGGCGUAUUGAUCUUUUCAUACAGCGUCUCAACCACAAUGCGUGACUGAGUGGCCUAUGACUAUUUGAUGAUAUGUCUUGCCAAAAUACAUUUCAACAUAAUAUGAAAGUUAUUUCUUAGAUGUAAAUUAAUGAAAUGACUAUUUACAGUCACAAUCUGAUUUUCAAAGGGUUUGGGAAUGGGUAGUCUCGCAAAGCCAACCACCAAACUACAGCAAGUAGAAUGGUCUGGAACCACGCUAUUUAGAGCCGUCAAUCGGGGGGGAAACAGGGCUGGCCUGUUUUUAUUUCUUUAAACCAAUCACAAUCGUCUAGGGCGGGGCUAAGCCCGGGAAGCAGCAGCGGUGACCUUGAGGGGGAGCACAAUACGGGAAAGCCAGCAACAGGAAGGGGAGGAGUAGCGGUGUAAUCUGACUCUAGCGCUAUAGACGCUGUCCAUUUCCGUUCAGCCAGACUAGGGAAUGGGUAAAGUUUGUGUGUUGGGGGGGGGGCAUGCUCUGAGCUUAGGAGUGUCCAGGGUCCCCUGAAGGGGUCCGGCCAUGCCAUGAAGAAGUCUGACCGACGGGAUUCAUUCCCUAGUAUAGGCCCACUGUAUAGGACUACUGAUACUGUACACUCACACACAUCAGUACAGUAGGCUACACGCUUUCUGCUGCAUUGCUUCAUGGGACAAGGAAAUGGGGUUGAUGAUGUGAUACCAUUGAAAUGUCCAGAAGCGAAACUUAUAGAGAACUGAGGAGCCACUCCCAGUGCAUGUGUUUGUGUGCGUGUGUGUUGGUGUAUAAAAGAGAUGGAAUCCUCUCUGUGUUAGUCCAGUCACCAUCGAUAGGUGAAGUUAGAACUUGACCAAUCAGUCACCAUGGGGGUGACGGGCUUGUCGUGGCUGCUGGAGGAUCUAAACCAAAGAAAAAAACAGAUCUACAAGGACUACCCCUUCAGGGACAGCAAGCUAGUGGUGGACGGCAGCAACCUGGCCUACCAUCUCUACUUUAGGUUUUUCUUGGACCUGAGCCACGGUGGGGAGUACCUGGCCUUCCGAGCUCUGGUCCAGGAUUUCUUCACGAAUCUGCACAACUGUGGAAUCAAACCUUACGUGGUGAUGGAUGGAGGCUCGAGCAAAAGCGACAAUAAAUUAAAGAAUAUCCUGGAAAGGAACAGAGAAUUUCUGCGGAGGGCCCAUGAAAUCGCUCUGAUGGGCAAGAGGGAGGACAUCCUUCCCCCCUUUACCCUGUCAGUGUUCGAACAGACGCUGAACGAAUUGAAGGUGCCGCUGGUCAGGUGCUUCGGAGAGACCGACGGCCAGCUGGCUGCCCUGGCCAGAGAGUGGUGCUGCCCGGUGCUGUCCACAGACACUGACUUCUGCAUCUACAACCUUCCAGAGGGGGUUCUACCACUGAAACACUUCCGUUGGGAUGGGGUGGAAAUGGAUUUGGGCGGUUGUUUCAUCCCCUGCAAGCGAUACACCACGUUCAGCUUCUGCACCUUCUUCAACAUCGACCCCCAGCUCCUGCCCGUCUUUGCCUCGUUGGCCGAGAACGACGAUGUCAACCUCAGAGAAAUUAAAUGGAUCCAAUUCCUUCCAGCGGACCACCCUGGGCACCGCCUGGAGGGGCUCCUGAGCUGGCUCGGAGCCAGGACAGACCAGACGACAGAAGACACCUUGACAGCAGCGAUGGCACUCAUACCCGACAUGAGUCAACAGGCUAAGACGGAGGCUCAGACAGAGGUGCAGAAGUCCAUGCUGGAGUACCGGCUCCCCAGCUCCUCUCUGCGGGGGUUCUUCAGCGAGGGAACCAUUCCGCCGCUGCCCACUGAGAUGCUGAGCUGCGUCCCCGACUGGGUCCGGGCGCCCCUGGCCAGAGGAGAGCUGAGCGGUGACGUGUUGAACGUGCUGGUCGAUAGGAGGAUGAUUGUGGGGAUCCAGGCGGAGCUCAGUGACCUACAGAGCUCCAACCUCACCUCGCAGCCCAUCCGGCAGGUGCUGUACGGGCUGCUGCUGGGCCUGGGGCAAGGCGCGGUGAGGGAAGUGGACCGGGUCGAACUGGAGGUACAACCGUUGGUCCAAGGAGCCGCUCAGCAGCUGACACUGGCCACUCUGCCCCAGGUAAGUCUACCGUCUCCUUUAGCCAGUUAACAAAUAGGAUAAUAGAUGGACAAAAUAGGGAUAAUAAAUGGAGGAGAGAGGUAUAAAAGAUGGACAUCAGGCGGCCAGCAUAGGCCUAGUCAGCUCCAAACCAAAAAACGGGCAGAGCUAGGGCUAGGCUAAACCAAGACAUUCACAAACAUGAAGAUAUGUUAAUUAGCGUUAGGGAUAAAUACCCCCAUAUUGUCAACAACUAUCUUUCGUGUUCAAUCAACACAGUUCAUUCCAACCCCUCACUUUAACUGAUGAUAUCAAAACAGAUUCAGGGAUAAGAGACAGCAGCCCUUGAAAGGAGAUACAAACCCCCUGAACACAUCUUCAAACAAGGCUUUGAGGUUUUUCAUUAUGGGAAAGGCUGCUGGCUUCCCUGCAAGACAGACGUUAGAACCAGACUAGCAGGCUCCCUAAACACCCAUUCAAUUCUGUUUCAAUAAGCAGAGGACAGGUGUGUCCCAUCAACGUUCAAUCAGGUAGGACUGUCAGACAAUGACAAUAGGAGUGUUCAACCUAUAGAGGGAGCCAUCGAAUGCAAAGCAAUCUAAAAACAUG